AUGCUCACAACAUUAUGGUACUUAGCAAAAGAAGGUUCAAUGGGCUCAGUAGCAGAGUUUUUUAAUGUGGCAAGAUCUACUGUAAAGUGUGUCACCAGAGAUAUAAUUUUAGAAUUAUGUAAACUGUCUCCAAAAUUUAUAGCAUGGCCUAGUCAAGAAGAUGCUCUCAUUUUGGCUAAAGACUUUAAGUCCAGAUCUGGUUUUCCAGAUGUCAUUGAGGCAAUUGAUGGCUCGCAUUUCCGUAUAAAAGCCCCUUUAAAACAACAGGAUUGUUAUACUGACCGAAAAUUAAACAAAUCUAUAAUCAUGCAAGCUAUUUGUACUUCAAACUUCUUGUUUACCAAUGUCAAUAUUGGUUACCCAGGCCGUCUUCAUGAUGAAAGAAUUUUUUCUAAUAGUGAUGUUUUCAAAAAAAAAUUGAAACUGAAGGACCUAAAAGCCUAUUUUAUGGAAAAUAUCAUUUACUUGGCGAUCUAG